GGUUACAUGCCAGGAAUGCUGGCCAAGCCGGAGGCAUUGCUGGAAGCUGAAAAACAACAACAGCUGCAACAUGUUGUGGAACAGCCUCCAUCUGUGAAUUCUCCACUGCAUUAGUCACGGCAGCUCGGGUUCUGAGAUGUCAACAUUACCUACGAACCAAAGUGGUCAGGGGUUGAGCUGUCCCUACCUUAAUGGGCCGAUGCAGUGCCUGAGGAGUUGGAGGUAACGAUUAGCUCCUGGCACCAGAACGAUGACAUUACCUGCGCUUCUGACUCAGCCAGUCAACCAGCAGUAUCUGGCGACGUGCUGCCUCCACGUGACGCCCAAGUGGGUGCGACAUGAAUUCCCUGUGGAAAAGCCCAUUGUACCCACCGGUGACCAGCUGACCUGCCACCGGCCAGAGAAGCAGUGGCGCCCCAAGUUGCAUCGCAACCGGCUUCUCCUCAACUGGGUUCACGUUUUUUCCAAGCCAGGGGUCCAGAGACGUUCGCAGUACCGGCACAGCAGGGACGUUUUGGUUGAUGUUACAAGGCCAGAUCAGUCAGUCGUCCAGACUGUUGCCACUGUUAUUACUGAAAAGGCUGAAAGAAGGUAUGUUCUCCAGUUACGACACAUAUAUCUUCUCUUACUUGCAAAAUAUCUGUUGUACUCAUUUAACCAUUAUCUCUGUUCCUUCUUGCAAUUCUUCUAGUGGAGACGAUAGGAGAAUUUUAAUUUUGGCUUUCAUUUCCUGUAGUUAACAACUGUUAAAGCAUUGCGUGUUUUCUUAGGUAUACGUAGCCAACUCUUCCCCAUAUUCUAGCGGAAGUUUCGUAUAGAGCCUUAUGGUUACCACUUUAUCCACCUAAUGGACGUAAAAUGUAAUUAUUACAUCGACUUUAAACUCUACAAAACGGUUUUUCUGUUAGAUGCACAACGUGCAGUCGACCACAUUUUAAUACAUGUAAUCAUCCU